AUGGCCCGACCCGGCGUGGUGGCGCCCCUCAUCCAGUUGCUGCUAUGCGCGGCCACUCUGCGACCCGUCACGGUGAUGGUCAACGGCCAGGACGCAGAUUCACUGGCCAGCAGCUUUUUCUCAGGUUUGCUGGACACCAUCACCAGUACGGCGGACAGCAAGGACUGCCCUGGCGUUUGCGUGCACACGUUGGCCACGCUCAUAUGCUACGAGGUGCUGGAGAACGUCAAGUGUCCCAGCCCGACGAUGCGGUGCUGCGUGGAACCUCCUCCGCUGCCGGCCAACAGCACGACGGCCGCCGUCAACAAGGUGGUCCAAACCACCCCGGCCGCGGGGUCCAGCGCCCGGCCGCAAGCGGUCUCCUCUAGUAGCCAACAGCAGAGGCCGGCCGUUAAUUCGUCGUCCGCGGACAAUCCGGGCAUCGUGUGUCCUGGAGUGUGCGUGGCUGAGAGGAUAGCCGACUACUGUGAAGCCGUUCUGAACGUGACGGAGAUGUGCAAGACGGGUCUGCGGUGUUGCGUGUCCAAGGACGCGUUCGCCGGCGCCGAACACCUGGUCGUGCUGGACAGGAACUCUACCAGGAUCAGCCUAAAUAACGCACCGCAUCGGCCGCCACCACCGUCGUCCACCACUACAACGGCGGCGACGACGACAGCGGCCGUGGACACCUCGGCGGCCGCUCCCCCGCCGCCAGUGGGCAGCAAACAAUGUCGAGGCGAGUGCGUUAGCGGGCUGUUUGCGCUGUUCUGCGACGACGUGGACGCCGAAGCGUACUGUCCGGGUGACGACAGCAGUUGUUGCGUCACCGCGCCCGCCGACGGACAGUCGAGCCAGCAGCCGCCACCACCACCACCGCGUCCCACCCAGCCGUCCAAACAAUCGUCGUCCAAGCAACCACCGGCCACCACCACGGCCGCAGGCCGGCCGUUACCCAAGUGCCCAGGCUUCUGUCUGCUCAACCUGAUGGCCGCGUUCUGCGAACGGCCGUCCGUGCUAGUUUCGUACACGUCCACUUGUAAACAAGGCUCGGUGUGCUGCGACAACACCAAGGCCGCCGCACCGUCGCACGCCACGCAAAAACCCAAACCCCGGCCACCCGCGCCCACCACCACUACUGUGGCCACGCCACCCGCACCACCAGACGGACGGCCAGAGUGCCCGGGAUCGUGCAUCGUCCCUUACUUGUCGUUCACGUGUUUCAGAAAUGCUGAAAUGACAGACGUUUUCAAAUGCCGAAAACCGGGGACGCAGUGUUGCGCUUCGAAAACCCAAAUUAGAGAAGUCGUUGAACAGAAGACUGGAGUCGUCAACUACGGAGCCAAUCCACCUCAAUCCACACCGCAAACCUACGGUGGGUUUACGCACAGAAACGACACCGUACCGCCGUUUAGGCCGCACGUGCCGAGUUCGUUGCAAGUGUACACCCCGUCGCCAGUCGAUUAUUCGGCGAAUCCUACAGUGUCCACUUUGACCACGUCGAAUCCUGUACCUGCCAAACCUUCGACGUACAGCAAGUACGUGUGCGGCGUAAAGGGAACAUCAAGGACGAGGACGUCGAGAGUAGUCGGCGGUGAAGACGCUGACGCUGCCGAAUGGUGUUGGCAGGUGGCGUUGAUCAACUCCUUAAACCAAUAUCUGUGCGGAGGAGCUUUGAUCGGCACUCAAUGGGUGUUAACUGCUGCGCAUUGCGUUACAAACAUUGUGAGGUCCGGUGACGCGAUCUACGUGCGCGUGGGUGACCACGACCUGACCCGAAAGUACGGGAGCCCAGGGGCACAGACCCUCAGGGUGGCCACCACGUACAUCCACCACAACCACAAUUCGCAGACCCUGGACAACGACAUCGCUCUGCUCAAACUCCACGGUCAGGCAGAGCUCAAGGACGGCGUGUGCCUGGUGUGCCUGCCAGCAAGGGGCGUCAGCCACGCGGCCGGAAAACGGUGCACGGUCACCGGAUACGGUUUAUAUGGGCGAAGCAGGCCCGCUCCCGCUUGCGCAUCCGCGAGGCCGAGAUCCCGGUGCAGCUUUUGCGCCGGUGGUGAGGCCGGAAACGAUGCCUGUCAGGGAGAUGGCGGUGGACCCCUUGUGUGUCAAGACGACGGAUUUUUCGAAUUGGCUGGAUUGGUGUCUUGGGGUUUUGGAUGCGGCAGAAUAGACGUACCAGGUGUAUACGUAAAGGUUUCGUCAUUUAUUGGUUGGAUCAAUCAAAUUAUAAGUGUAAACAAUUUGUAA